AUGAUUGUCCCACGUUUUCACCAUCCGCAGCGCUUGAUUUUGUCCGUUUUGGUGCUUGCGGGUGUCUGUUCCAAGUUACUUCACAUAUAUCAACAUCGUUCCCUUCCUCUAUAUCUUUUGGCUCUCUAUUUCCCUACUUUCUUUAUUCAAGAGAUUCUCCUUUUCGUUACAGUAUGGAUUUUGUUAUAUACAACAUCCGGUCGGUGGUCCGUGGCUGCCGCCGCCUGUUCUGCAAUUAUCGCAUUUAUUGUUCUGUUAGCAACGUCGUCCCAAGUCAGCUUCUAUUCUCAAACUGGAAGCGAGAUCCGAUGGGACGCAGCCAGAUCCGUGGGUGCCAGCCGACAAGGAAUGAAUUUGAUCUUGAGUGGAUUGGCACCCAUGGUUGCUACUGCCACUGUGAUCUCAGUGGCUUCUUGGCUUGUAGCCCAAGGAAUCUGGAAUUUCAUGAGCCGCUGGCUAUGCUCACUCGCCCAUCUCGGAGACACAAAGAUAUACCACCAACUGCCGGGGCCUUCUGAUCUGAGAAGUCUAGUGUCUAACAGAUCUCGGCUAUGGACACUUAUCGCCAGUGUGGUAACCAUUGGACUAUGGCUGGUCCGGCCAGCUGUGCCAUAUAAUCAUAUGACCGGUGCUCUUCCUUUCACCAUGCUUGGUGAACACUCCCGGGCCCGUCGAAUUGCAAUUGAAUCAUUUCCGCUCCCUGAAUUACUAGCGGAAGAAUACCAGGAGCCUCCAAGUGGUCAUUAUAAAGGAUGGGCCCCGACGAUGGAUGACUUUGGUAAUACUGGAUACGGCAACGAUAAGCCAGCAUGGGCCCGGGGCCCUUUGCCUGCGGCUUUUGAAAGAUGGCUUGUUGAUACUCAGACAGACAUUACUAGUGCUCAAUCUGAGCCUAUCUUAACAGACGAAAGCGUACCCGACUUGGUCUCUAUCAGGUCCGAUUCCGAGGAUAAGAACACGACAGCUGCACCGCGGCACUACUUCUAUAACCCAGUUCAAGAUCCCAUGAGGAUAUCCAACCUUGAUCUAGAGCCACUCGCCCCUCUAAAGGAAGCCCUCAAAGACCACGCCAUUCCGAUCAACCAUAUUGUUUUCGUUUUCUUGGAAAGCGGCAGGAAGGAUCUGUUCCCUCUGAAGAAUGAUUCUCGGCUGUACAGUCAGAUCCGCGAUACAUACGAGAUAUACGAAGAGGAAUACGAAGCCGACCUGCAUGACAAGCUCUCCCAAAUAACCCCAAUAGCAGAAAUUCUCACGGGCGAACAAUCUGGCUUUGGCUCGUCCGUGGACUCCGUGAAUUCAGAACUGGGCGGCCUCAGUUUCGACGGAAUCUUGUCAGGGAGCAGUCUCUCUGCCAAGUCGCGUCUGGUCAACUAUUGCGGUCUGGGUCCACUGCCAGUGGAUUUUAUGCAUGAAAAUGAUAUCAUCCCAUACCAGCCGUGUUUGAUGCACAUCUUGGACCUAUUCAACAAACGAAAGAGUGUAGCUCCUUCGGAAAACUCCACCAGCGAUCCGCUUGAACGAGAGUGGGAAACUAUCUAUGCCCAGUCUGUCACUGGAGAGUUCCAGGAGCAGACUCGGCUGAUUGAUUUGCUCGGCUUCAAUCAAUCUUUGUACUCUGAGAAUAUUGAUUUGGAAAACUCAACAUACUACCACGAAGGGAUGGAGAAGAUCAACUAUUUCGGUUAUGCCGAGACUGAGGCGCGCCCCUACAUCAAAGACAUGAUUGACGAAACCCUUCGCCAAAACAAGAGACUUUUCCUCUCCCACUUUACCAGCACCACUCAUCACCCUUGGGGCACGCCAGAGGGUUUCAAACGAGAGGAGUACUUUGGCGAGCUUCACAAAUCACAACAUGAACAUAUGGAUGGCUUCCUCAAUGCGAACCGUUUCGUCGACACAUGGCUCGGAGAAUUGAUGAACAUGAUCAGCGAAGCUGGCAUUGCCAAUGAGACCUUGACAGUUUUUGUUGGAGACCAUGGCCAAGCAUUUGGAGAAGACUGCCCCGUCACAGGAACCUACCACAACCCCCACAUUAGCAAUUUCAGAGUCCCCCUAUUAUUCCACCAUCCCCUCCUGCCACGCAUGCACCUCAACGUCAACGGAAGCGCGGUAUCAAUCCUUCCGACAAUCCUCGACCUGCUUGUGAACACCGAAUCCCUCAACGCAGACGAUACAGAAAUAGCACUCGAUCUGAUGAAUGAGUACGAAGGCCAGUCUCUCAUCCGUCCAUACCGCGCCUCCCACAACGGCCGCGAAGCCUGGAACAUGGGCAUCAUCAAUGCCGGAGGCUCGAUGCUGAGCGUGGGCUCUGCCGCCGUCCCGUGGCGUCUCAACCUCCCUCUCAACAAUGACUUUGAGUAUCGCUUCACCCACCUCGACAAGGAUCCGUAUGAGCUUGAGCCUAUCACGGGCUGGACUAUGAGUUCGCUUGCUGCUGAGGUUCAUUCGCGACAUGGGCCUGAAGCUUUUGAUUGGGCGCAGAAGGCUGAGAAGGUUGGGCUUUGGUGGGUUAUGGAGCGGAAGAAGCUUUGGAAUUAUCGUGAUCCUGAGUGA